ACUUCAUAAUGCCCAUUACUUAGAGUCAAACAACACUGGUUAUAUAGUUAUAGCCAGAUGAUGAAAGGUUGUAGGGACGUUUGAUAAGUUAGGGCAUGAGUUUGAUGGCUAUGCGGUCAUCUUCCUCUUCUUUCUCCUACGGAUUUACCUACGACGUCUUUCUUAGUUUUAGAGGCACCGACACUCGUUACGGUUUUACUGGAAAUCUCUAUGAAGCUCUACGUGUCAAGGGAAUUCACACCUUCAUUGAUGACAGAGAGCUUCAGCGAGGAGACCAAAUAACACCGUCACUUCUCAAGGCCAUUCAAGAAUCUAAGAUUGUCAUUAUCGUUUUCUCUAACCACUAUGCUUCUUCUUCGUUUUGUUUAGAUGAACUUGUCCAUAUUAUUCACUGCUCCAAGGAAAAUGGUUGCCUGGUUUUGCCUAUUUUCUAUGGUGUGGAACCUUCUCAUGUGCGAUAUCAGACUGGAAGUUAUGGUGAAGCACUUGCUGAGCAUGAAGAAGCUAGGAAGAAAGAAAAAUACAAAGAUAAUAUGGAGAAGUUGCAGAAAUGGGAGAUGGCUCUUAAGCAAGCAGCUAAUUUGUCUGGCUACCAUUUCAAUGCUAGGACUGGAUAUGAAUACGAGUUUAUUCAGAUGAUAGUCACAUAUGUCUCCAACAAGAUCAAUCACACUCCUUUACAUGUUGCUGAUUACCCGGUUGGAUUAGAGCCUCGUGUUCUGAAAUUAUAUUCACUACUGGAUAUUGGUUCUAAUGAUAAAGUCCAAAUGCUAGGGAUCUAUGGGACUGGAGGAAUGGGUAAAACCACACUUGGAAAAGCAAUUUACAAUUUCAUUGCUCAUCAAUUUGAAUGUCUUUGUUUUCUUCCCAAUGUGAGAGAAAAUUCAACUAAAGUGGAUGGUUUAGAGUAUCUUCAGAGUAAGGUCCUUUUUAAAACAAUUGGAUUGGAAAUUAGGUUUGGAGAUAUCAGUGAGGGAAUUCCAAUCAUAAAGAAAAGGCUACAAAGAAAGAAAGUUCUUUUGAUUCUCGAUGAUAUUGACAAACUGAAACAACUACAGGUUUUGGCCGGAGAACCUGAUUGGUUUGGUCUUGGCAGCAGAGUCAUCAUUACCACUCGAGACAAACACUUGCUAAAAUGUCAUGGGAUUGAUAUAACAUACGAAGUAGAUGGUUUAAAUGAGAACGAAGCUCUUCAAUUAUUAAGGUGGAAGGCUUUUAAAAAUAGUACUGUUAAUCCAAGUUAUGAAGGAAUUUUAAACCGUGUGGUAACUUAUGCUUCUGGCCUUCCAUUGGCUUUAGAAGUUGUGGGUUCCAAUUUGUUUGGAAAGGAUAUAGAAAAAUGGAAAUCUUUACUAGAUGAGUAUGAAAGGAUUCCUAAUAAAGAAAUCCAAAAGAUACUUAUAGUGAGCUUUAAUAAUUUAGGUGAAUAUGAGCAGAGUGUUUUCCUCGACAUUGCUUGUUGUUUCAAAGGAUAUAGCUUGGAUGAGGUCGAAUAUAUACUUUGUGCUCAUUAUGGUUAUUGCAUGAAAUAUCAUAUAGGAAAGUUGGUUGAUAAAUCUCUCAUAAAGAUUCAGUUGAGUCGUGUGACAUUACAUGACCUGAUAGAAAUCAUGGGUAAAGAAAUUGUUCGAAAAGAAUCGGUCAUUGAGCCUGGGAAGCGUACCAGACUAUGGUUCUGUGAAGAUAUAGUUCGUGUUUUAAAAGAAAAUACGGGGACAGGUAAUACUGAAAUCAUACAUCUUGACUUCUCCUCGAUUAAAGAAGUUGUAGAUUGGAAUGGAAAGGCCUUCAAGAAAAUGAAAAUUCUCAAAACACUUGUCAUUAAAAGUGGUCAUUUUUCCAAAGCUCCUGUAUAUUUUCCAAGUACUUUGAGAGUAUUAGAAUGGCAAAGAUAUCCUUCACAAUGUUUGCCAUCAAGCAUUUUCAACAAGAAGUUCGAGAAUCUGAAAAUUUUGAAAUUUGACUAUUGUGAAUAUUUAAUUGAUACUCCAGACGUCUCAUGUCUCCCAAAUUUAGAAAAAAUUUCAUUUCAAUCAUGUAAGAAUUUAGUUACAAUUCACAAUUCAACCGGGUUCUUAAAUAAACUUAAAUUCUUGAGUGUUGAAGGAUGCUGCAAGCUUAGGUAUUUUCCACCUUUGGAGCUGAUUUCUCUUGAAAAUCUGCAAAUUUCACGUUGCAAGAGUCUGCAGAGUUUUCCAAAAAUAUUGGGCAAGAUUGAAAAUUUAAAAUACCUUUCAAUUUAUGGAACUUCCAUAAAAGGCUUUCCAGUUUCAUUUCAAAAUCUCACUGGACUUUGUAAUAUAUCUAUAGAGGGACAUGGAAUGUUUAGGUUACCAAGUUUCAUUCUCAAGAUGCCAAAGUUGUCGAGUAUUUCUGUCAAUGGCUAUAGUCAUUUAUUGCCAAAAAAAAAUGAUAAACUAAGUUUUCUGGUGUCUUCAACUGUGAAAUAUCUUGAUCUCAUAAGAAACAACCUCUCAGAUGAAUGUCUUCCGAUUCUUCUGAGAUUGUUUGCUAAUGUGACUUAUCUAUACUUAUCGGGUAACAAUUUCAAAAUUCUUCCAGAAUGCCUCAAAGAAUGUCGCUUUCUAUGGAGCCUUCAAUUGAAUGAAUGCAAGUCUCUUCAAGAAAUUAGAGGGAUUCCUCCAACUCUAAAGAACAUGUCUGCAUUACGCUGCGGGUCAUUAAAUUCCUCAAGCAGAAGCAUGCUAGUGAAUCAGCAAUUGCACGAAGGCGGAGAAACCAAGUUUUGUUUUCCAUCAUCAAGAACAGAGACGAUCCCGAAGUGGUUUGAACAUCAAAGCAAACAACCGACAAUUUCUUUCUGGUAUCGGAACAACUUCCCUUCCAUAGCUCUAUUCUUUUCUACUAAAUGGAUGCAUAACAAAGACUCCAAUAGUAUAGAUACUAAAUUCAGAGGCAAUCUUUUUAUAAAUGGCCAUACAUGUACUUUUGUGGGGAAUGGGAAUCCUUUUGAUCCUUCUAUAAAAAAAAAGAGAAUCACUUUAAUCCAGGGAUAGUACCAGAUCAUACAUAUCUAUAUGACCUGAAUUUGGCAAUGAGGGUUAGCAAAAGCUGCAGGAGGAAACUUAAAUCGAAACUGGUCAAAGAUAUUUUAAAAACAGAAUGGAUCCAUGCUGAGAUUAGGUUUGAGUUUAAGAGUAAUGAGAAUGAGGUGAUGAAAUCACUCAGCACAUUAGUUGGAAUCCACAUGUUCAAGAAGGACAAUAACAUGGAGGAUAUCAAAUUUACUGAUCCUUAUAGAAAGAGAAAAUUCAAUGAAUAUCUCAGUACUUCACUAUCACUUAUUCCGACCACAACCGAAAAAGAGCAAAAUUGUGGAAGUGGAAGUUUCUGAGACAGAACUUGUCCAGCAGCAGCAACACCGUUUGACUCGCUUACCGACAUGAGCAGUUUCUUUUGUUCCAUUAAAUUUCUCUUUUUGUUUGCUUGUUUUCUCCUUUCUUAUUUUACAUUGGAAAAUUCCUUAUUUUAUUUCUUUUCUCUAAUAUUUUAUUCUCUCAUUCAUAGUAUUUUUCUUUUUUAUUGUAGCAAAAAUGUAUCAAGCAUGUAUGUAUGAUUUGAUUCUUUUUCA